UUGUGCUGCUACUUUCCAUUCGAGAGGGCUCUAAAAUAGAAAAACCUCCGUCGAUCGACAAGAUUGAGUCAGUUCGCUCUGAGACUUUUACGCGAUAGGAACAUAGAAUUUUAUAAAAAUAACCAUCAGCGCGAGAUACUUAAACUUAAAAGAUACUUUUUUUUUUGAGUUAUACCUGUCUAUCUAAUACACACACACAUAUAUAAAAAAGAAUUUAUAUUCUCGAUAUCGGUUGGAUAUAUUUUAUUUUAAGAAAAAUACGAGAGAGGAAAAUUUUUGAACGUGUUUUUGACAUUCAGUUUUUGAACGUCACGGAGUGCGGUACAUAACGGAGAAAAAACGAUCUUCAUAACGGAUACUAUACGACUACAAUCAGUGAACAAAGUUGUGAAAAAUUCAAAUUUUUUAUAAAAAAAGGAUAUUUUACCUUUUAAGUGAGAACAAAGUGAAAUAGUGUGAACCAAAAAAGGAUAUCAAGGAUUAAUCCUUCUAACUUAACACUUUUUGAUCAAAAACACAAAAAAAUAAAAUUACAAAAAUGCAUUUACCACAAGGACCAACAGUUGUUGUAGCACCCCCCACCUCCAACAAUUCCCCCCAUCAUCGAAAUAAUAACAAUAACGACACAACCUGUCAGGAUACUAAUAAUUCAUCAUCACCUGCUGCUGCCAAAAUGCCCCCAUCAAUGACCGACAUGUUUGCCAGCCUCCACGAAAUGCUCCAAGAAUAUCACGGCGAAUUAGCCCAAACAGGAUCUCCUUCCAUAUUGUGUUCAGCGUUGCCAAAUCAUUGGCGCAGCAACAAAUCACUUCCGGGUGCAUUUAAAGUUAUUGCUCUGGAUGAUGUCCAAGAUGGCACAUUAGUAACAAUCAAAUGUGGAAAUGAUGAAAAUUACUGCGGCGAAUUGAGAAAUUGUACGGCGAUAAUGAAAAAUCAAGUUGCAAAAUUCAAUGAUUUGCGUUUUGUUGGCAGAAGUGGUCGUGGAAAGUCAUUUUCAUUGACUAUUACAAUUGCCACAUAUCCUGUACAAACUGCCUCAUAUACAAAAGCUAUUAAAGUGACCGUUGAUGGUCCAAGGGAGCCAAGAUCCAAACAAAAUUAUGGAUAUCCUCAUCCUGGUGCAUUCAACCCAUUUAUGUUGAAUCCUGCAUGGUUAGAUGCAGCCUAUAUGACAUAUGGAUAUGCGGAUUAUUUUCGUCAUCAAGCGGCGGCUGCAGUACAUCAUCCUUCACUAGCUAAAGGAUCCCCAACUUUGCCAACAGCAGUGCCUCAAACUGGUCUUCCGCCAUCAGCGGGUCCACAAGGCCCCCCACCACCACCACCACAUGCCGGCGGCGGCGGCGGUAAUGGCCCCAACGACUUCCACCAUCAACCACCAAAUACCCCACCCGGCUUGCCACCAAUGUCCGGUCCAAAUGGCAUGAUACCAUCACCUGGAUCAGCACAGAGUGCCAAUGCCGCCUACCUGCCACAAUUCCCCUUCGGACCUGGCCAACCAUUCCUGCCAUACAAUUUCCCAGGAUUACGUGUUCGUAAUGGUCUACCACCACAUGGCAUCAAUCCUUUGAACACAUCCCUUAACAGUCAUGGAUCCACCGAACACAUUAGUCCAGCACACAUAUCGCCGGCAUCCUCUCGUCCAUCAUCAUCAAGCCCCCCAUCAACGAACCACAGUAUUUCGGCGAAAUUGAACACAUCCCUGGAGACGAGUUCACUGCAUGAACAAUCCUCAGACGAUUCGGAUGAUGAGCAAAUUGAUGUCGUCAAAUCGGCAUUCAUUCCAAUUCUCCGUCCCAAAUUACAAUCAAUGGAUGAAAGGCUUUGCUCUCAGGAGGAUCUUGACAAAUCUAUCGAUUCAACACGCAGCAGUCCGCUAAGCACCAUUCAACAAUCAUCGCUUCGUCUACGUUGUGACCUGAAAGCACCAUCGGCAAUGAAGCCAAUCUUCCAUGAAUCAUCGAUCACAAUUCCGGCAACGAAAUCGUCACCCACCUCACCGGAAACUAAAUUCAAAUCAGCGACAAUUUCCGCCCAGAAGACGGUCUGGAGACCAUACUGAGGACCGCCUCAAGAAGACACAAAAUUCCGCAAAUGGAUUUUUUAGAAAAAUCCCAUGCACAGUUAUAAUCCGCUGCAACUCACGCAUAAUUCUGUUACUGUUAAUGUGACACGAUUUUUAAUGCAGAGCAGGCGAACAAAGUGAGAGUGUGGUAGUGUCGUGUCGACUUUGCGAACACAGCCCCAGUUAAGUUUUCUUGAGCCAGAAAAUAUGGAAACUAUUAAUGGACAAAAGAUGGAUGAAAAGAAGAAUGAUUUCUAGGAAAUCUCUCAUCUUUAGAUGAGAAAGUGUCGCUAUGGAGUCGAGAUUUUUGAUGGUGUGGUGGUGUUUUCGAUUUUUUUUCCGUGAAGUUAAAAAAUUGAUAAACUUUUGUAACCAACACAAAAUUUAACAAACAGAAGCUAAAAAACAACCAAAAACAAAAAAAAAUGUGAUGAUGAAAACGAUGGAUAAAAAUAAUUGUGAUAAUAGUGGUGUAAGGGGUUGAAGAGGGAAUUAAUUUAAGGGAUGAUGGUGAAACUGAAUAUAAAUGAAUGGAAUGAAAAAACAGAUUCCCGUCGCGCAUUUCAAAACAUUGGAUUCAAUGAUUUUUCCAUGAAAUCGUUUAAAAGGUUUCAAUUUGAAGAAAUGCUAAAUCUAUAUAUAAAUUUCAAGAAAUUAAAAUUACAGAAAAACGCACAUUUAUGUAAAACGAAAAGUACCUACCUAUAUUUGAAAAAAAAUUGAUUUAUUUCCAACAAUA